AUGGAAAGAUAUGAAAAACUUGGAAAACUUGGAGAAGGAAGUUACGGUUUAGUUUUUAAAUGUAGAAAUAAAGAAACAGGACAAAUAGUUGCGAUAAAAAAAUUUGUCGAAUCAGAAGAUGAUCCAAUAAUAAGAAAAAUAGCAUUAAGAGAAAUAAGAAUGUUGAAGAAUUUAAAACAUCCGAACCUUGUUAAUUUAUUGGAAGUGUUCAGGAGGAAAAAAAAAAUUCAUUUAGUUUUUGAAUAUUGCGAUCAUACUGUUUUACACGAAUUGGAAAAAUAUCCCAAAGGAUGUCCAGAACAAUUAACUCAAUAUAUAACCUGGCAAAUACUUCAGGGUAUUGCCUACUGUCAUCAACAUUCUUGCAUUCACAGAGACAUAAAACCUGAAAAUAUUUUAUUGACGUCACAAGGAAUUGUUAAAUUAUGUGAUUUUGGUUUUGCUCGAAUGCUAAAUCCAGGAGAAAAUUAUACGGAUUACGUUGCAACAAGAUGGUAUAGAGCACCAGAAUUAUUAGUUGGAGAUACCAACUAUGGUACUCCUGUUGAUGUUUGGGCAAUAGGUUGUGUAUUUGCCGAACUUAUACGUGGGGAGGCUGUUUGGCCUGGAAAAUCAGACGUCGAUCAAUUGUACCUGAUAAGAGCAACGCUAGGUGAUUUGAUACCCAGGCACAUGCAAAUAUUCAAAUCAAACGAAUUUUUCGCCGGCGUAAUACUACCCGUACCUCAUACCUUCGAACCGAUUGAAGAAAAAUUACCAAAACAACAAAAUAUUUAUUCAUUAGAUUUUUUCAAGAAAUGCGUAGAUAAAGAUCCUUCGAAAAGAUGGACGUGCGAACAACUUUUACAACAUCCAUAUUUUGAUAAUUUUCAAUUAAAUUUAUGGCAAAAAGAAAAAAAUUCGUUACAAAAAAUCAGAGAUAAAUCAAAAGAAUCUUAUCAAAACAGUCCGACUACGACAUUACCACAAAUACCACUUUUAGAACUCAGUCCGAGAAAUCCGGAAAAUUUAUCAAGAAAUAAUAAGAGUCACAUUAAUUUACCGACGAUUAUGUAA